AUGCGAGCGGAGCGGCGGGAUGUGCGCGGGGAUGCAGCGGGGAUACAGCGCGAUGUGCGCGGUAUGUGCGCGGGGAUGCAGCGCGAUGUGCGCGGGAUGAGCGCGGAGAUACAGCGCGAUGUGCGCGCGAUGUGCGCGGAGAUACAGCGCGAUGUGCGCGCGAUGUGCGCGGAGAUACAGCGCGAUGUGCGCGGGAUGAGCGCGGACUGCGCUCGGGCCGUGCCCGGCCCCGGCGGCCCCGAUCCCCCCGCUCCGCGCCCGCGGUACUCGCCUGGCGCAGCAUCCCCGGCCCGGGCCCGCUGCCGGGGGGCCGCUUCGAGCUGGGGCGGGCCGGGGGCGCUGGAGGCGGCGGGGCCCCCCGGCCCUCCGGGAUCCCUCGCAGAGGAGGCGGCGGCGGCGGGGCCAAGGUCACCCCGCAGCGACUACAAUUCCCAGGAGGCAGCGAGAUCCCGGGGCCGGCCCGGGGGAGCGGAGGAGGAGUGAGGAGUCCGCUCCAGACCCACCCCGAGCUGCCUUCCCCCGGCAUUUUCCUCUUCUUCCCCAUCGGAGCUGGGAUGUCCCAUCCCAGGGGAUGACAGCGAAGUCUUUGAAAAGCCGGCACAAACACACGAAUCUAUUUCGGGAUUUUCCUCAAUUAAAAAAAAAAAAAAAAAAAAGCAGCAUGAGGAGAAAUAAAUGCCUGACUGUCGGGCUUGAA